GGAGUAUGUUUCCCUUAUUUCCCAUUGAGUACUGGGACACUACAUUACUUAGAGUGUGAUUGAGCUGAAAAAAAUAUUGUAACGACAGCACAAAAAAAGGGUAAUUAGCAUUACAGUAUACAUCAAUCAAUCAAUCCAAUUUUAUGGUUAUUGCAGGUUUUUGCAAUGUUAUUUUGAUGAUUUCUCUUUGGUAAUGAGUUUUUUGAAGCAUUUGAGUUAAGAAGGCCUCCUUGUUUUCAACCUAAUCUUUAGCUACUUCCAUAAAUUGCUGUCAGAUUGAAGUCAUGCUUGUGGGACCUUAAGAUAAAAUUAAUAUUACUUUCAAUUAGCAAAACCUAAAUCUCAAUCAAAAAACCUAAAUCUAUCAAGUGGCAGAAUAAUUUUAGGCUUUACUGUACUUGCCUUUAAGUGACUGUCUAUUUAAUUUCUUGUAAGAAUGCUGCUGAAAAUACAUGUGAUUUCAUCAAAGAGCAAUUAUGCUGAAAUUAACAGAAACCAGAACUACAAGUGUCUUAAUAUUAUAGUAUUUUUCACAGUACAGACAAAAUUCACAAGGGCACAUUUGAUUCAUAUACUGGUCCAAUAGGAAUGUCUGCCAGGGUUAAAUGAGUUCGAGAAGCAAAUCCAACAAGUAGAUGUGGUCCUGCUUUGCCUUGCAAAUGUAUAGUUUGUUUAGGAUGAUUAAUGGAAAUCUGCAACAAGAUGUGUGAGGGAUGUGUGGCAUUGAUUAGAUAGACAAAAGAGGCAGGUAGCAAAACAUCAGAGGCUAUUUACAUGUUUUCAGAGUGUAUUCAGUUUAAGUAAUGAAAAAAGGAAGUGAAUGUAGUAAAAUUCUAUUAGUUGUCCACACAUGCAAUAAAAUCUGUAACAAUAUUUGAAGGGGUGUGCAUUAGACUGACAUGACACUGUCAUAAACAUGAAUGAGUCCAUGAAUGUUUACAACUAUUGUCAUGAAAUGCCACUUUUAAUGGAAAGUUGCAUUAAAAUUCCUUUAAAAUAGUAUAAACUUGUCAUUAUUGACUGAAUGAUGCAGUUUUAAUUUGAAUUAGUUUUAAUAGAACUUUAAUGCAAAGUUCUAUUAAAAUUUGCAUUAAAAGUCCAUUAAAAAUGUCAACUUUGCAUUAAAAGUAUCAUUAUUUACAGAACGACACUUCAUGACAAAAGUCCAAAAUUCAUGAGGACUUAUUCAUGUUCAUGACAGAUGUUAUGUCAUAAUUAUUAGACUUUAGACUGACUUUAUUAUCAUUUUGCAUGCACAGGGUGAAUACAGAACGAAAUUUUGUUGCAUACGGCUCAGAACAAUGUAUUGAGGUUCCAAUGACACUGAAAUAUCAGUCUUAUGCAUACCCUUCAAUAAAGUAUUACCAUAAAAUCUAAAAAUAAAAAAACUAUAAACAAUACUGUACAUGCUUUGCAUAAUCUAGUGAAUAAUGAAGCUUUAGUUAUAUAGUUCUCAAGCUUUGCUGCCAUUACAAUGGCUAGCAAAUGUAAUUUCUGCUUAGACCCUUUUUGGAAACAAAUAUGUACCCAUUUUCAUAUGACAAACAAAAACAUGCUACACUUAAAAGUAUUUUCAGAGAUCAAAAAUCCUUCAUGUGUACAUGUCUGUACCACAAAAACAUAACAAGUAAAAUGGCUUUCUUGUAAUAAAAAGGAAAUCACACCCAUAAAUAUUAAAAGGGGAACAACCAGCACUGGAUCUAUUGUGCGAUCAUACCCCAUUGUGGGUGUGGACUCUGGCCAUGUGCUCUAUCCAACAGAAGAGGGAUAAAGUCAGAAGCUGACCAAGCAGCAAACAACCUCUGUGCAUGUUGCUAACUCUCAUGCUGCCAUUAUAACAGAAGGCAGACCGCUGGCAAGCGAAGCUUUAAAAUCUGAUCAACAAAUAGGGCAAGUAGGAACUUGUUAGAGUUGAUCAUCUGCAGGACGGAGAACUAGAGGGCUGGUAUUUACCAGGAAGAGCUGUGUGGAUGAUUCAUUACAUCCUACCUAAUUACACAUGGAGGGACAAUAAACAAGGGGACAGAUAAAACGGGUUGAGGUAAAACAGAGGAAAAUGAAAAAGGAAGAGAAACACAGCAAGCACAGGCGAGUAGGAAGCUGUAUGUGGGAGGAGAGUGGAAAAAAACCUUAAGAGUGCGAUGAGUGAGUCUGUUCCUGUAUGUCACGUGUGUAAUUUUGUGUUACUGCUGGUAACCGGGGAAGGAUGAAUCUUUUCUCACAGGGAUAUGAGGAGGAGCCACCUAAUCAGCAAUGAGUACAACUCAAGCAUAACACACACAGUUGACUCUAAGAGACACUGGAGCUCAGAGGACUUAGCCCCCGCCAGAGCACAACAAAGCGAUCUUUACAACCAAAUAUAGCUCUGAAGUAGAGUACAUAUUUCUGCUGCUGUUCUUCUUGAUGGAGCUAGUGGAGAGGACUUCUCUGUGCGGGUUAUAGUCCGACAGCUCUGAAGAGCAUUGAAGCCUGAGAGGACUGAAGAUUUAAAGUGUCAUUUCUUCAUAGAGACAACAGACUGAACUGCUGACUUUAGGAAUAAGCUGUGGUGGUGCUGAAAUACAAGAGGGAAACAAGGCUAUUAUGCACCAGCUUGAAGGCAGAAAAUGUAGCUUCCUGUUCUGCCUGGGGGUUGUGACGUGGUCAAUAAUUUAUUGGCUGAGUAGAACUAAACUAGUGGGAACGCCUACAAGCAGCAGACCUUUCCUCAUUGAAAGUAAGCCCACCCUGGCUGGCAUUGAGAAAAGAGAACAUUUCUGUCAGAAUGGGAAACAGAUCAACACGUUGGCACUACCCAAAAAUGUGGGAAGUUAUAUUCACAGUACCAACCUGCAAUGUUCAAAUCUGAUUAAAGAACUACACUUUAUCAAUGCAACUCUGAGUCGUGAAGAAGAGAACUACCCUCUGGCUUUCAUUAUCACUAUUCACAAAGAGCUAGAUAUUUUUGUUCGCAUGCUUCGAGCUAUCUACAUGCCACAAAAUGUUUACUGCAUACAUGUGGAUGCCAAGUCUACAAAUGAGUACCACGGAGCCGUACAAAAGCUCGCCAGUUGCUUUGGUAACGUGUUCCUCUCCAGUCGCAGUGAAAAAGUGGCAUAUGCAGGAUUUUCACGCCUGCAAGCUGACUUGAACUGCAUGAAGGAUCUCUCUGCCUCUCCAAUAGCUUGGAGGAAAGUGAUAAAUUUAUGUGGGCAAGAUUUCCCAAUCAUGAGCAACCUGGAACUGGUACAGUACAUGCAAAGCACUGAGUGGAAGGACAAAAACAUGACACCUGGAGUCAAACAGCCAGCCACUAUGAAGCACAGAACACAAUUCCAGCAUCAUGAGAUUGUGGGGUCACAUGUUGUCCCAAGGGUGCCAAGACACACAAAACCUCCUCCUCCUCACAAUUUGAAAAUUUAUUUUGGAACAGCAUACUAUGCUCUCACAAGAGAUUUUGUGGACUUUGUUCUGAAGAACCAAAUAGCCCAUGACUUCCUGGAGUGGUCCAAAGACACAUUUAGUCCAGACGAGCACUACUUUGUGACACUCAACCACCUAAAAGAAGCUCCAGGCAGUCGUAUUGAUGGAGGUUGGGAAGGAGCUAUCCGGGCAAUCAAGUGGAGGGACCAAGAAGGAAAGAUGCAUGAUGGUUGCAAAGGGCAUUAUGUUCGGGAUAUCUGUGUCUAUGGGAUAGAAGACAUUCCAUGGAUCAUCGAGAAUAAGAACAUGUUUGCCAAUAAGUUUGAGAUUAAUACAUUUCCAGAGGCACUAGAUUGUUUGGAGCAGUGGCACAGAAACAAAGUCCUGAACCAGGCAACUGUUCCUAUAAAUCCAUCAUGGCUGCUAUGCUCCCACAAUAACUCAAUUAACUACUGAAACAGAAGUGUUGAAAUUGCUGCUGACAUCAUUAUGCUGAUAAAUAUAUGGAGUCUCCCUAGCUGUCUAUGUCAAAAUGUAAAUCCAGUGCCCUGAGUUGUGAGAGCAGCGUAACUGCACUAUUUAUUAAACUCUGACUUUCCUGCGAUUAUUUAUUGUCUACCCCAUUUAAACAUUUUUGUCAUACAUGUGUGGGAAAAACAGUUGGUUAUUUAUUUAAAAUCAUAGUUUCAUAUUAUGUACAGCUUAAUAUGGGACAUUUUUAUAAAGUAACUUUUUGUUUUAAUAUUAAAUAUAAUAUGUAAAAAAAAAUAAAGACAAUGUGAAAAGAAACAUUCAACUUCUAGAAUAAGUUGUUUUCUCUGUUAAUUCAUUUAAUUAAUUAGUUCAUUGACUAUCGCUACAUUUGUUUCUGUGAUGUAAGGUAAGCACCAGAUUAUUAUCAAAAAGUGAAAAGCAAACAGCUCUGAAAGUCUUAAAAAAAUUAAAUUAAAAAAUCAGACACAGCUGUAGGACCGUACUGAGGUCAAUUCUACCUUCAUAUCACAAAGAAUUGUUUCGGUGUGGUCCUGUUCCAAGAUACAAAUACUGAGAUACCAAUCAAAAUCUACAGUUAUUAGCCAUUAGAUUAAAUGAAAUAAUAAAAAGUCUGACAUAAAUCUGAAAAACUGGGAAAUUUUUCUUAUAUGUUCAGGCCUGAAAAUCAAAUAUUCCACUCCUAAAGUCCAAAUGGAAAAAAUCUUCAACACAACUACAAACUGAAAAUGAACAGAAAUGCGUGUCAAACAUUUUUAGCUAAACAUUCAACAUUUUCUCACAUUCUCCAAAUUUCCCAGCAAGCAUUUUAACAAGUUCCUUCAUGGAACAGCAAAAGAACAUCUAAAAAUAAACCCUUUACAGUCAGCCAGCAUGAUAGCACCAAAAGAUAAUGUGUCACAAGCCCAUACAAGCUGAAAUCCCAGCUUGUAUUAGGGUCAGUUUCUCAUGAGAAAUAGUUAUUUUUGGUAGAUUAACCUUAUUUUUAACUAACUCAAAACAGUUAGACCAUGACUGUCUUCAACAUACUUUUACUUCAACAGAGACACCAAAAGAGGUGUCUACUGCCUUACUUCUAAAAAUAGCCUAACCUAGACAAAUUGUAAACACAACCUUGAAGUUAUGUCAAACUAAAAGGUCAAAAACUAAAAUAACUUCUAAUUCCAUUGCUGAGAGAUUCCCAUGUGGCUACAAUUGGGUCAGAAAGGAAAUCCAAAAAUGUCAAGCUGUAAUAUGAACAAUGCAUCUACGAAAUGACUACAACCAUGGGAAACAACCAGUACAUCUCCAUAUUAUUUGCUGGGUCAUUGGGCCACUUUUAGCAGCAAAAGCUCCAAUUGUCAUUUUCUACACAUCAGAUGUGGGUUCAUCUUUUUAAGGAAACCUCUCUGCAGAUCAUACUACAAAAUGUCUGGUCUUUGACUCGACCAUUAUAACACCUUGAUUUAUGUUAUUUUCAGUAAUUCUGUUGUGGAUUUGCUGUUGUUUCAGGAUAUUUAUCUAUUGGUUGAAACUGUUUCAGCCAAUAUCACGCUGUCACAUUGAUAAUCUCUCUCUCUUUACUGUAGAGUAGGUUUACUGUCAUCAAUGACUUCCACAUACACAGAUCAUGUAUAACAACACAGAAAGCCCAAAUCAUCCCACCUCCAACACUAUGCCUGGUAUUUGGUAUUGGGUGUUUGUGCUGUGUUUAAUUUGUGCUACAUGUAACAUUGUGCAUUUUAUAGUACAGACUAGCAGAAAAAAUAAAAAGGCACACUUUUUUUGUCAGA